AGGGAGGGAGUGGCUUUGCCUGAACAGCAGAGGGGAGGUCGUCGUUAAUGUAGGAGACGUACCGGAAAAAUCUGACAAAAUGGCUUCAUCAAGCGCAACAAAACCCUUGAUGAAGGAUGAAGACACAGACAAACAGACUCUGGGUAGAAGAAGAAAUUCCAUGGAUGAUCGUCCAAACAUGUCCAUGACCAGGAUUGUGCUGGUGGGGAAAACAGGUGCUGGAAAAAGCUCUUCAGGAAACACCAUUCUGGGGAGGAAGGCUUUCAGAGAUGCCAAAUCUGGCUCUUCUGUGACAAAAGAGUGUUCCAAGGAGACAGAAGAGGUGGGAGGGAGACAGAUAAUGCUAGUGGACACCCCUGGCUUAUUCGAUACAAGCCACUCUGACAGUUACUUGAAGACAGAGAUCAGUAAAUGUAUCAACAUGACGUCACCUGGUCCCCAUGCAAUUGUAUUGGUCAUAAACAUGGGGCCUUUCACAAAGGAGGAACAGAACGCGGUAAAGAAAAUCAGGGCGCUGUUUGGAGAAGAAGCUGAAAGGUAUACCAUGAUCCUCUUCACCCAUGGAGAUGAGUUGGAUGAUGGCGGCAUUGAGCAGUAUGUCCAUGAAGCUCAGGAAGAUCUCAAGACACUUGUGGACCAGUGCGGUGGAAGGUACCAUGUUUUUGACAACACCAAGGUGGAUGACAGAGACCAAGUUGUGGAGCUCCUAGACAAAAUUGACCACAUGGUGGCCGUAAACGGUGAAGACCACUACACCAACGACAUGUACAAGGAAGCGGAGAGAAACCUCACACUAAAAGAGGAGGAGUUGAAGACGCUUUAUGAGGAGAAAAUACAAGAGUUUGAGAGGGAAUUGCCAUCCAAGUACCAACAAUUAGGCAAUAUGCUUUGGGACCAAAUGAAGGCACUAAAGAAGUCAAUGGAAGAAAUAAAAAAGGCMAUGAAUGACUUAUCAAAACAAGAUCAAAACAAAAUCUUGCGGAUCAUGGAACACAUGCGUCAUUUUAAAAGGAAGUUACGGGCUGUGAGGAGCGAGGCAGAGCAAACACAAGUGAAUGAAGACAUUUCUACAGAGGUUAAUAUCAAGUUAAAAGAUCUACAUGUCUGAGGUUGCUGAAGACAGUGACCUUUGAGGCAUUUAAAAUGGCACAUCUUAUCAUGGUGCUCUUAGUUUUAUUACUAAUGCUAAAUGUAAAACUGGGUAUCUGUACCUAAGCUGAGAGGAGGAUUUUCUACACUAGAGYCGGGAUUCAGUCAAAGGCGAGUUGGCGAAUUUACGCUUUAGCUGACAUCUACAGCAUUCACCAUGAAUUCAGUCUCUGUGAGGGUCUGGGAAAAUUGCCCUUAAAAGGCACAUUGUCAGUAGUACAGUGAACAGCUCUGAAAUGCGUCUUUGAAUGAAUCCUAGCCAGUCUCUCRUACACUGUGUCUUAUACCAGAGGCUGGACCUCACUAGCCACAAGAAGGUUACAGCACUGGUAUCUGUAUAUAUAUAAGAGCAUUCUUCAACCCCCCCUUCUUUUUAGCAGGUCUCAGAAACGUUUAAGAUKGGCAAAAAUUCCCGAAUCCAUGCACAAACAUAGUUAGAAAUGCUUUUAGUUGUUAUGCUCCAAGGUCCUUGAAUGACCUACAUGAUCAUUUCGGACUGGACAGUUUGGUAUUGUAUUGAUAAUUCAGACAUUGGUUGUGGAGAAAUGUAAUUGUUUUGAUUGUUUUAGAUUAAGGCCAGGAUUCUAUCCGAUCAGCAGUAGAUUCACAUUAUAGAGUGCUCAACAUUUAAAGGUAAUUUCCGACUGAGCCGACAAAUGCAUGAAUUAUUGCUCUGUGAACGCAGGAACAUUGCUUAUACAAGGUGCAUAGCCGACAAAGCAUGAUUUGAUGGAAUCAUGGCCUUACAUUGUGUAUGAAUUGUUACUGCGAAAUGGCCAGGUCGCAGUUGCAAAUGAGAACUUGUUCUCAACUAGCCUACCUGGUUAAAUAAAGGUGAAAUAAAAAAAAAUAAAAAAAAUGAAUUGUUACUAUCAUAUCUUGUACAUAUAUUUAUUAAUUGUGUAAUCAAAUCAAGCU